CCUCCUUUAUGCGAACUGGCAGAAGUGCUAAGGACUGAAGAAGGAAAGUCGAAGAACGAAGACGGAGCUUCAGAGCUUGCGACGAAGAAGCUGUGAGCUGCGACCCUGCGACGAAGACGCGAACACCAGACCACCAACCGCGCCGUCUGCUGCCGUCCACGCGUCCAGUGACCUGCGUCGACCGUCCUUCCUCUCCCCCUCUCCGGACUUCGGCUCUGCCUGCGGCUCUGUCUCCAGGUCCACUGCUCCAGGCUUGUUUCCAAAAGCUCGUGCCAAAAUCUUCUGAGUCUCCAAAGCAAAGCUGCAGACAAAAAGUAGAAGUUGCUGAUGAACCUUCCCCCUGAAAGCAUAAGAAUUGCCCAGAAAGUGUCUCUCCUUGCCCCUCUUCUCCUGCCUUCUCUAGUGUUGAGCAGGAAAAUUGGUAUUUUGAGAUCAGGGCAGCUCCAAAGGGGAUUGGUUGGGGUUUGUUUGAACAAUAGGAUGGAUUUUGGAGUGGUGAGACCAGCAAUAGAAGGUUAUGCUGAUGCUGCAAUUGAAGCUAUAAAGUGUGGCCAUGUUAUUGCUGUCCCCACUGAUACACUUUAUGGCUUUGCUUGUGAUGCUUGUUCUGCCAAGGCAGUUAAUCAUAUAUAUGAGAUUAAAGGGCGUAAGUAUACAAAUCCACUUGCAAUUUGUGUUGGGGAUGUUCAUGACAUUCACAAGUAUGCAUUCACUGAUCAUUUACCCAACGGCUUGCUUCACUCUCUCCUUCCUGGUCCUGUUACUCUUGUGUUAAGUCGAGGUGAGUCAAGUAUCCUUGAGGAAUCUUUAAACCCUGGAGUUGAGAGCAUAGGAGUUAGAGUACCAGAUAAUAACUUUAUUAGGGUAAUUGCCCGUUGUUCUGGAAGUGCACUUGCACUUACAAGCGCAAAUCUUAGUGGUCAAGCUAGCAGCAUCAAGAUCAGAGACUUUGAGAACCUCUGGGGGCACUGUGCGUAUAUCUUUGAUGGUGGUGUUCUUCCAGCUAGGCGUGCAGGUUCCACCGUGGUGGAUCUCACUAAACAAGGAAAGUAUAAGAUAUUACGAUCUGGAAGCGGCCUGGAAGAAACUGUAGCGAUCCUUCAAAAGUUCUCAUUAAUAGCAGCAGCAGCAGCAGAUGGAAGUUGAGUGAUGUGAAUUUUGUGUUCACUGAUGCACAAAGGGGUAAAAUACCCCAAGUGAUCAUAUGUGAAGCUCACAAAUAUAGUUGCUGAGUUUUUAUGGUCGUAUUUCUUGUACACGAAGCACUUCAGCACUUGGAGAUCAUUCUGUAUCGGCAUACCUAUGAAAGAAGGUUGUAGACUUUUGGAGUAGUUGAAGAUCCAGAAUGGUGGUGGACUGGUUGCCAAUGGUCAGUAUGCACGAGAUAAACAUUUCAUAAUUUUAUUGAAAGACGAAGGGCUGAAUUAGGGGCAAUUAAAAUUUUGUGGCUAAAUGUUCAAUUUUCUUGGUGAUAAUGAUGCAAUGAAAUAUGUGUCCAAAGCAUCUCUUUUGUAGAUGAGAUACAAUCAUACAAUUGCCAUGCCAUAGCUAAUAUGAAGUAACAAUAUCAAGCUAUGGAUUAAAGUUUGAAAUAAUACAUAAUUUAAAUGACCAAAGUAAAAUAUUGGGC